GAAGAAAGAUCCUGGAUUUAGGUGUCAGCAGGACUUAGAGCUGGAGACAGCACCAAGCCCUUGGGUGAUGGACCACACUAGGGGGAAAGGUGGUAUAGGGUUCUCUCUACUGGAUGUGAGCUAGACCCAGUGUGACUUAGAGCUGAGAAGGAAACAGGGUCUCUCUGUCUCUAGGCCACCUCACUUUGGACACUUGGGUCUUUUUUCUGGGGUUGAGACAUUCGGUUUGGUGCAAUAAACCUAUAUGUGAUAACUACUCUCUUUCGGGCUCCGUACUAAGCCCUGGAACAUUGGGGGGUCCAGGCCCCAUCCACCCUCCCUGUGUAGAAAGCUGGGAGGCCCCUGCUUUCCUGUGCCCUGGGGUUGGUUGGUUUGUAAAUAUGCGGGCACCUGGCCUCACCUGCUCCCAGGCCUUCUUGCCACCCCAGAACUGAGGUCAUUAUGGGGUCCCUCGGCUGGCUUCAGAUAGACAGACUCUGCCUCUGACUCAGCCCCCCUAGGACCGCUGGCUGCCCACAAGAGAUGAAGGAUGGCAUCCAAGGGGUCCAGCAUGUCUUUCUCCCGCAAGAGCUAUAGGCUGACAUCAGACGCUGAGAAGUCCAGGGUCACAGGCAUCGUGCACGAGAAGCUACUGAAUGACUACCUGCACCGCAUCUUUUCCUCUCCUGAGCAUGCGCCCGCUGCGGCCGCCAGCAGGAAACCCCUGAACUUCCAGAACCUGCCAGAGCAUCUGGACCAGCUAUUACAUGUGGAGGAUGAAGAUGAGGAGAGCCAGGGACAGGUUGAAGGGCGGCUUGGCCCAUCCACUGUGGUCCUAGACCACACAGGUGGCUUCGAGGGGCUUCUUCUGGUGGACGAUGACCUCCUAGGGGUGAUUGGACACAGCAACUUCGGUACUAUCCGCUCUACCACAUGCGUGUACAAAGGGAAAUGGGUCUACGAGGUGCUCAUCUCCUCCCAGGGGCUCAUGCAGAUUGGCUGGUGCACCAUCAACUGCCGUUUCAAUCAGGAGGAGGGGGUCGGAGAUACGCACAACUCCUACGCCUAUGAUGGCAACCGGGUGCGCAAGUGGAAUGUGACCACGACGAAUUAUGGCAAGGCAUGGGCAGCGGGGGACAUCGUGAGCUGCCUCAUCGACCUGGACGAUGGCACCCUGUCCUUCUGCCUGAAUGGCGUGUCACUGGGCACCGCUUUUGAGAACUUGUCCAGAGGCCUGGGCAUGGCCUACUUCCCAGCCAUCAGCCUCUCCUUCAAGGAGUCCGUGGCCUUCAACUUUGGCAGCCGUCCCUUGCGCUACCCAGUGGCAGGCUACCGGCCCCUGCAGGACCCGCCACGCGCUGACCUGGUGCGGGCUCAGAAGUUGCUGGGCUGCUUCCGGGCAGUGCUCAGCGUGGAGCUGGACCCUGUGGAAGGCCGGCUGGUGGAGAAGGACAGCUCCGAGUGGCAGUUGCAAGGCCAGCCCACCGUCCUCCUCACGCUGGCCCACAUCUUCCAUCGCUUCGCACCGCUCCUGCGCAAGGUGUACCUGGUGGAGGCCGUGCUCGUGAGCUUCCUGCGCGGCGUCGUGGAGGCGGGCAGCCCCGCACAGGCUCAGGCUGUGGUGCGUCAGGUCCUCGACCUCCUGUGGCUCUUCAUGGAGGACUACGAGGUGCAGGACUGCCUCAAGCAGCUGAUGAUGUCCCUGCUGCGGCUUUACCGCUUCUCGCCCAUCGUCCCGGACCUGGGCCUACAGAUCCACUACCUGCGGCUCACCAUUGCCAUCCUGAGGCAUGAGAAGUCCCGCAAGUUUCUGCUCAGCAACGUCCUCUUCGACGUGCUCCGGUCUGUCGUCUUCUUUUACAUCAAGAGCCCCUUGCGAGUGGAGGAGGCUGGUCUGCAGGAGCUCAUUCCCACCACCUGGUGGCCCCACCGCUCCAGCAGGGAGGGCAAAGACAGUAAGGAUGUGAAGGAUGAGACUGCCGAGGAGCGCGUGCGGAGGCGUGCCUAUGAACGGGGCUGCCAAAGGCUCAAGAAGCGCAUCGAAGUGGUGGAAGAACUGCAGGUCCAGAUCCUGAAGCUGCUGCUGAACAAUAAAGAUGAUAAUGGGGGUGAAGCUUCUAGGUACAUCUUCCUGACCAAGUUCCGGAAGUUUCUACAGGAGAAUGCCAGUGGCCGGGGGAACAUGCCCGUGCUCUGCCCCCCCGAGUACAUGGUCUGCUUCUUGCACCGGUUGAUCUCCGCCCUGCGCUACUAUUGGGAUGAAUACAAGGCCUCGAACCCUCGUGCCUCCUUCAGUGAGGAGGCCUACAUCCCGCCCCAGGUCUUCUAUAAUGGCAAGGUAGACUACUUCGACCUUCAGCGCCUGGGAGGCCUCCUCUCACACCUUCGGAAGACCCUCAAAGAUGACCUUGCCUCCAAGGCCAAUAUCCUGAUUGACCCACUGGAGCUCCAGGCGGCCACCAUGGAUGACCUAGACGAGGAUGAGGAGCCGGCCCCGCCUGCGGCCCAGCGCCCCACGCAGGCUCUGGCCAUGGGGGGCGUGCUGCCCCUGCCCCGGCCCAGCUGGCUCAGUUCUCCAACCCUGGGCCGAGCUAACCGCUUCCUCAGCACAGCGGCUGUGAGCCUGAUGACCCCCCGGCGGCCUCUGAGCACCUCGGAGAAAGUGAAGGUCCGCACGCUGAGCGCCGAACAGAGGACUCGUGAAGACAUUGAGGGCAGCCACUGGAACGAGGGCCUGCUGCUGGGGCGGCCUCCUGAGGAGCCGGAGCAGCCCCUCACCGAGAACUCCCUGCUGGAAGUCCUGGAUGGAGCCGUCAUGAUGUACAACCUCAGUGUUCACCAGCAGCUGGGCAAGAUGGUGGGGGUGUCUGACGACGUCAAUGAGUAUGCGAUAGCUCUGAGGGACACAGAGGACAAGCUCCGCCGGUGCCCCAAGCGGAGGAAGGACAUCAUCGCUGAGUUGACCAAGAGUCAGAAGGUUUUCUCCGAAAAGCUGGACCACCUGAGUCGCCGUCUUGCCUGGGUCCAUGCCACUGUCUACUCCCAGGAGAAGAUGCUCGAUAUCUACUGGCUGUUGCGCGUCUGCCUGCGGACCAUCGAGCACGGCGACCGCACGGGCUCUCUCUUCGCCUUCAUGCCGGAGUUCUACUUGAGCGUGGCCAUCAACAGCUAUAGCGCCCUCAAGAAUUACUUCGGCCCCGUGCACAGCAUGGAGGAGCUCCCAGGCUAUGAAGAGACCCUGACCCGCCUGGCCGCCAUCCUCGCCAAACACUUUGCGGACACACGCAUCGUGGGCACCGACAUCCGUGACUCGCUGAUGCAGGCGCUGGCCAGCUACGUGUGCUACCCACACUCCCUGCGGGCUGUGGAGCGGAUCCCUGAGGAGCAGCGUGUUGCCAUGGUGAGGAGCCUCCUGGCUCCUUAUGAGCAGCGGCCCUGGGCCCAGACCAACUGGAUCCUGGUGCGGCUCUGGAGGGGCUGUGGGUUCGGGUACCGCUACACACGGCUGCCGCACCUGCUAAAAACCAAACCUGAGGAUGCCAACUUGCCCAGCCUCCAGAAGCCCUGCCCCUCUACCCUGCUUCAGCAGCACAUGGCGGAGCUGCUGCGGGAGGGUCCCGAUGUGGCACCUAGCUUCCUCAACAGCGUCCUCAACCAGCUCAACUGGGCCUUCUCGGAGUUCAUCGGCAUGAUCCAGGAGAUCCAACAGGCCGCUGAGCGCCUAGAGCGGAACUUUGUGGACAGCCGGCAGCUCAAGGUGUGUGCCACCUGCUUUGACCUCUCAGUCAGCCUGCUGCGUGUCUUGGAGAUGACCAUCACGCUGGUGCCUGAGAUAUUCCUUGACUGGGCCCAGCCUACCUCCGAGAUGCUGCUGCGGCGACUCGCACAGCUGCUAAACCAGGUGCUGAACCGGGUGACGGCGGAGAGGAACCUGUUUGACCGCGUGGUCACCCUGCGGCUGCCUGGCCUGGAGAGCGUGGACCAUUACCCCAUUCUGGUUGCUGUGACGGGCAUCCUGGUGCGACUCCUGGUGCACGGCCCGGCCUCAGGGACAGAGAGAGCCACGUCAGUGCUCCUUGCUGAUCCCUGCUUCCAGCUCCGCUCUAUAUGUUAUCUCCUGGGGCAGCCAGAGCCCCCUGCCCCUGGCACUGCCCUGCCUGCCCCUGACCGGAAGCGCUUCUCCCUGCAGAGCUACACAGAUUACAUCAGCGCCGAGGAGCUGGCUCAGGUGGAACAGAUGCUGGCACACCUGACCUCUGCGUCUGCCCAGGCAGCGGCUGCCUCCCUGGUGAGUGGGCACCACAGCACCCAGGUGUAUGCCCCUGCAUACAUGCUGGCACAACUAUGCACGCUGUUUAGGUAUAGUCUUUUGUCUGCUUGUCUGGGUGACCAUCCCCAGCCCACCCUGCACUCUGCUCCCUGCAGCCCACCAGCGAGGAGGACCUCUGCCCCAUCUGCUAUGCUCACCCCAUCUCUGCUGUGUUCCAGCCCUGUGGCCAUAAGUCCUGCAAGUAAGUGGGCCCCAUGGGUGCAGGGAGCUGCAGAAGCAGCAAGGGUACUCAGGCCCUCUUCAUCCUCCUCCCCUCCCCUGCUGUAGAGCCUGCAUCAACCAGCACCUGAUGAACAACAAGGACUGCUUUUUCUGCAAAGCCACCAUCGUGUCUGUAGAGGACUGGGAGAAGACGGCGAGCGCCAGUACCACCACUUCCUCAGCCGCCUAGCCCACACAGCAGCAGCCUCCACCCCUGAACUCAGACCCAGGCUGGGCCCUAUUUAUGAGCUCCCCUUGCCCUGUUCCCAUGACCCCCCUGCCAUGUCCAACCUCCUUGCCUGAGUGUAACCUCACUGGCAGGAGCCCAGCCGUGUCCUAAUUGUGCCUGAGCUCGACUUUCAGUCAGGGCCACAGUGAGCAUUAAAUUAUUAUUCCAUACAGCC